AUGCCAGAAUCUCAGGAGCGGCCAGAGCCAGCGGAAAUUUCUCCAAAGGCCGAGUCGACAUCAAACGAGACGACUCUACCAACACGCACGAAGCCCAAACCCAACCUCAAAAGUUCGAGACCGUCAAAGCCACCAAAAUCCUCAACACCAAUCCCACCAGCCGCCUACAUCCACACCCUUCUCUCCCUCCUCAACCUCGAGCUCGCCGUCGAGCUCUCCCAAACUACACUUCUGCUCUCUUCUACUCCACCCGCCGUCCUCGCCCGCGCCGGCCUGGCCCUGCUGAACCUCUGCAUCACAGCCACGCGCACCGGCCUAGGCGGACGAACAGUUCUAAGCUUAGGUCUAGACCCAGCUACUGCAGAUGCGAGUGCUGAGGGAAGGCUGCCGGAGCAUGGCAUCGGAGUCGGAGAUGUGGUGCGGCUGGCGGAGAGGGUGAAAGAGGGCGGAAGGCGGAAAGGAGGGAAAGAUGGAAAGGGCGAGGAGAAGGAGGGCGUGGAAGGUGUUGUGGUCAAGACUGGGGAGCGGAAAGUUGAGGUUGCGCUUGGCAAAAGGGGCGGCAAGGAUGACGACGGCGAUAGUGGUGUGGACGGAUUGGGUGAUGGAAGGCUAUGGCUGGUCAAACUCGCGAAUGACAUUCCAAAUCGCCGAAUGACACAGACUCUCACGACCCUGCUCAAGACUCCUCCCGAGUCAUAUACGCCGCUUCAGCGCAUCUUGUUCGGUCUCGAGACACCCACCCCACCAGACCUCAAUUCUCCAGAGGCCAAGAACAUCACAUUCCACAACCCGAACCUCAACCCUUCCCAAAAAGCCGCCAUACAGUUCGCCUUAGCAGCGCCCGACAUCGCUCUAAUCCACGGUCCACCCGGAACCGGCAAGACCUACACUCUGAUUGAGCUGAUUCUGCAAUAUCUCGACCAGGGCAAGCGUGUGCUAGUGUGCGGGCCUAGUAAUAUCUCCGUAGACAACAUCGUCGAGCGACUCACAGCGACCUCACCGAAGACAAAUGUCGUCAGAGUCGGUCACCCAGCGCGCUUGCUGCCGAGUGUGCUCGGACGGAGUCUAGAAGUGCUGAGUGAUCAGAGUGAGCAGAGAGGACUGGUAAAAGACGUUGGCAAAGAGAUCGAAGAGCGAGUGAAGGAGGUGCGCAGUGGAAAGAUCAAAGGCAAGGGCGAGCGAGGGAAAGUCUGGGGCGAGGUGAGGGAGCUGAGACGAGAGUACCGAGAGCGGGAAGGAAGGGUAGUAAGAGAAGUAGUACAGGGCUGUGGGGUCGUGGUCAGCACGCUUCAUGGGGCUGGCGGGAGGGACGUUGGCGGUGCUGCUGGUGGGAAGAAGUUCGAUGUCGUUGUUGUAGAUGAGGCAGCACAAGCGGUAGAGCCACAGUGCUGGAUACCGGUCGUCAUGGCUGGCGAGGUUAGCAAGCUAGUGUUGGCAGGCGAUCACCUUCAGCUACCGCCCACUAUUAAGGGAAAGGACGGCGAGAUUGACAAAGCAGAAGAGAAGAAAAGAAUCAAGGCCUUAGAAGAGGAGCUGAGGAAGUUGGCGAUAGAAGAUGCUGUCGUCAAGAAGUGCAAAAGCUGGUCGCUAGAGACCACGAUGUUCGACCGUCUGCUGAGUCUCUAUGGGAACGACAUCAAGCGCCUGCUCAAUGUGCAGUAUCGGAUGCACGAGCGGAUUAUGCGCUUCCCAAGCGACGAGUUGUACGACGGUGAAUUGCAAGCAGCUACUGGCGUGGAAGCGCGCCUGCUCAGAGAUCUUGAGUAUGAUGUCGAAGACACAGAGGAUACACGAGAGCCGCUAGUGUUCUACGACACGCAAGGUGGCGACUUCCCAGAGAAGACGGAGGACGGCGCCACAGACGGCAAGGCCAAGAAAAGUGUGUUGCUCGGCGACAGCAAGAGCAAUGAGAUGGAAGCCGCAGUGGUGAAGAUGCAUGUGCAGAACCUGAUUGCUGCUGGCAUCGGGGAUGAAGACAUUGCAGUCAUCACACCUUACAAUGCGCAACUUGCCGUCAUUAGUGGAAUGCUGCGAGAGACCUACCCUGGCAUUGAGAUGGGCAGUGUUGAUGGGUUCCAAGGAAGAGAAAAGGAGGCUGUCAUCGUGAGUCUCGUAAGGAGUAAUCCAGAGCAUGAAGUGGGCUUCCUUGGAGAGAAGAGACGCCUCAACGGUGAGCAUGCACUCAAACGACGGGAAGCUGGCGAGCAGCAACUGACAUUCAUGCUAGUGGCGAUGACUCGACCAAGAAGGCAUCUGUGUGUGAUUGGUGACUCGGAAACAGUGUCGAGAGGCUCACCGUUCCUCAAAAGGUGGAUGAAGCACCUCGAAGAUAACGCUGACCUGCGGUAUCCAAGCUUAGAUGAGCUCGAGCUGAGCUGA